AUGAAUAAAACAUCUUUCUGGUUUGUUGCUCACAUAAACACUAGUUUCUUGUUGUGUUUGGUUUUAGGGUUUCCUCAGAUUGGCAAUUCUGUGCGUCAUGGGAAUGUAACGGACCGGCUAGCAUUGAUUGCGUUUAAGGCCACAAUAGCUAAUGAUCCUUUAGGAGCUAUGAGCUCAUGGAACGAAUCCAUCCAUUUUUGCCAAUGGUAUGGAGUGACAUGUGGCCACCGCCACCAAAGGGUCAUUAAAUUGGACCUAAGUCAUCAAACGCUGUCUGGGAUUAUGUCUCCCCACAUUGGAAAUUUGAGCUUUCUCAGAAUACUGGUUCUGCGUAACAACAGCUUUCGUGGUGAAAUCCCUCCAGAACUUGGUCAUUUGCGAAGACUAGAACGUUUAUAUCUUCACAGGAAUUCAUUUAGGGGUGAAAUUCCUGCCAGCAUAUCUCGUUACUCUAACCUCAAAACUUUUGCCGCUUAUUUCAAUAAGUUGGUAGGGAAGAUCCCUAUGGAGCUUGGCUCUCUGUCUAAAUUGCAAUUGUUGGCCGUUAACAAAAACAAUCUGACAGGUAUAAUCCCUCCUUCUUUUGGGAACUUGUCAUCUCUUGUGCAACUUUUUUUGUAUUCUAACAAUCUUGUUGGGGGUAUCCCUAAAGAACUUGGACAAGUCACUAAACUGGAAAUAGUUGCAGUUGUUGCAGAAUUUCAGCUUCCAAAAUGCAAAUCUAGACGUUCUAAGAACAUCUUCUUGACUUUUACCUUUAAACUUGUAAUCUCUAUAGUUUCUGGGCUGCUAGGACUAACUCUUGCCCUGGGUUUUCUAUUCAUCUCUCGGUUUAGAAAAACCAACAAAAAAUCUUCAUCAGAUUUAAUAGGAAACUCACUCUUGAAAGUGUCUUAUCAAAGUCUCCUUCAAGCGACUAAUGGGUUCUCUACAACCAAUUUGAUUGGUAUGGGUAGCUUCGGGUCUGUGUAUAAAGGAAUUCUUGAUCCUGAUGGAACAAUUAUUGCUGUGAAGGUACUUAACCUAUCACAUCAUGGAGCUUCCAAGAGUUUCAUAGCAGAGUGUGAGACGUUGAGGAGUAUUAGACAUCGAAAUCUUGUGAAGGUGUUAACUGCAUGUUCGGGCAUUGAUUAUCGGGGCAAUGAUUUUAAAGCUCUGGUUUAUGAAUUCAUGGAAAAUGGCAGUCUAGAGGGGUAUCUACAUCCUAAUCAGAUUGAAGAUUUGGAAGUUAAACCUUCUUCAGAGAGUAAACAUUGGCAUUGA